GUGUCUUUAUUCCCGGCCGCCGACCUCCUGAGCAGGAGAAAAUAAAAAAUCCCCCCAAACCCUAAGCCCUCCGCAGCCCGCACCUCUGCACCCCGAAUCCGCCCCCAACGCUGCUAGGGUUUAAUGCCCGCGUCCUCCUCACGCACUCCCCCCGGUCGCUGAUCUGGCCCGUUUGAUCCCGCUAGGCUCUGGGGCCCAGGCUCUAGAGGCGGGUGCAGCGGCGGCACGACGAGAGGGGGGCGGCGGAUGCAGACGGAGGCGAGGGUGGGGAUGGCCGCCGCCACGAUGGACGGGGGCGGCGCCGCCGCGGCCGCAGCGCGGAGGUACACGACGCAGCAGCAGCAGCAGGCACAGCUGCAGCUGCAGCACCACCAGCCGCAGCUCGGGACAGUGCCCCACCUCCUCGCCGGCGGAGUCGCCGGCGCAGUCAGCAAGACAUGCACCGCGCCGCUCGCACGCCUCACCAUCCUCUUCCAGGUGCAAGGAAUGCACUCAGACGUGGCUACAAUGCGGAAUACUAGCAUCUGGCGUGAAGCGUCCCGCAUUGUCUAUGAAGAAGGCUUCCGGGCUUUCUGGAAAGGAAAUCUCGUUACUAUCGCCCACCGGUUGCCUUAUUCUUCAAUUAGUUUCUAUGCGUAUGAGAGAUACAAGAAUAUGCUUCAGAUGCUGCCUGGUCUCGAGAAGAAUGGUGGAUUCGGUGCAGAUGUUGGUGUUAGAUUGCUAGGUGGUGGUUUAUCAGGAAUUACCGCGGCUUCUAUGACGUAUCCACUGGACUUGGUGCGGACACGUCUUGCUGCUCAGACAAAUACUGCCUACUACAGGGGCAUAUCUCAUGCUCUUUUCGCGAUCUGUAGAGAUGAGGGUUUCAGGGGAUUGUACAAGGGUCUUGGUGCCACUUUACUGGGAGUAGGCCCCAGCAUCGCAGUAAGCUUCUCUGUAUAUGAAACUUUACGUACCCAUUGGCAAAUAGAGAGGCCAUAUGAUUCCCCUGUCCUGAUCAGUUUAGCCUGUGGAAGUCUUUCGGGAAUUGCAUCAUCAACUUUUACAUUCCCGUUGGACCUUGUGAGACGCCGCAUGCAACUGGAAGGUGCAGGUGGGAGGGCUCGUAUCUACAACACGGGACUUUUCGGAACGUUUGGACAUAUUGUCCGCACGGAAGGUUUUAGAGGCCUGUAUAGAGGAAUCCUGCCUGAGUACUGCAAAGUAGUUCCUGGUGUUGGCAUCGUAUUUAUGACAUACGAGAUGUUGAAGGCCAUCCUCACAGGACUGGAAUCAGAUGAUUAGAUCUCCGCUGUUCUUUCACGCUCAACAAUUUUGAUAUAUGGUGGCAGAAUAACAUUUGAGGCUGAUUAGGGUGGGAGAAGUAUGAGUAUGUAGCAUAUGGUAGGAUUUAGAACAUGGUGAGUUUUGCAGUUCGUGUGACAUGGUUACAGGUUUCCUUGUAGUGUACCAUGAAAUAUGUCAUAGGUCUUCCUACUUUUUUUUUCCAUUGCCAUCGUUUUUGUGUACCUUCAUGACUCAACACUGUAAUGAUACAUAAGGCAGUCUACCGCGUGACUACCUUCUUCGCACCUCUAAGAGAAGCUCUCCAAGUCUAUCAAUAUUAUAGCGAGGUUAUGGAUCGUGGUGGAAGGGAGGGAACUAGGAAUAGCCUUUGACAUUCAUUUAUCCUGAUAUGGAUUAUGGGUCUGUUUCCUGUAUACUGAUAUUGUAUCUCAACUUAUGGGAUGGGACAAUCACGCGAUGUACUGCAAGUGCUUUAACAUCUCACAUGGUGAUUAUAUCAGCGUUCACA